AUGUCAUUCACGCCACAAGACAUCCCAGACCUCUCGGGUCGCGUGUACUUCGUCACUGGAGGCACGGCCGGGUUGGGCGCGGGCACCAUAUCUCUCCUUGCCGCGCAUAAGCCAGCGCACAUCUACUUCUCAGGCAGAAGCGGCGACAAGGCCAAAGCCGUGGUGGAGAAAGUCAAGGCUCAGAAUCCAGACGUGCCUCUCACGUUCAUCCAGUGCGACCUGGCGAAUCUGGCGUCAGUGUGCAAGGCCGCCGAGCAGUUCAUCGCCCAGGCAGAGCGGCUGGACGUCUUCUUCGCCAACGCCGGCAUCAUGGCUCUCCCGCCGGGCACGACGGUGGACGGCUACGAGGUCCAAUUCGGCACGAACCACAUGGGCCACGCGAUGCUGAUCAAGCUGCUCCUACCGCUGAUGCAGCGGACCGCGGAACGCUUCCCGGGAGCCGACGUGCGGAUCAUCAUGAGCUCGUCGAUCGCGUACAAGCAAGCGCCUAGAGAAGGAAUCGCGUUCGAGACGCUGAAGACGCCCCAGCGCAACCUGGGUGGCCUUGUCCCCGGCGGCGAAUGGUGCCGCUACGGCCAGAGCAAGCUGGCGAACCUCCUCUACGCGCAGGGCCUGGCAAAGCGGUAUCCGAACAUCACCUCCGUGUCGAUCCACCCGGGCUAUAUCAAGACGGAUCUAUUCGCAGGUGUGUCUUUCCUGACCGCGCUCCCCGUCCGCAUCAUGGCCGCGGGACACUGGACGCCCGUCGAGCAAGGGCCAUAUAGCCAGACGUGGGCUGCCACGACGCCGAGGCAGAACCUCGAGAAUGGCGCGUACUACAUCCCCGUUGCGAAUAGGGGCGUGUUGGAGACGGUCGCCGCGAAGGACGACAAGCUGGCAGAUAAACUGUGGGACUGGACCGAGAAGGAACUGGCUCUAUUUUCGUGA